AACAGAUAUGCGAGUCUUUACUUCUGCUGUGCUGUCGAACAAACAGAUAACGAAUUGUUGACUUUAGAGAUAAUUCAUCGUUAUGUGGAACUGUUGGAUAAAUACUUCGGAAGUGUGUGUGAAUUAGACAUAAUCUUCAACUUCGAAAAGGCGUACUUUAUUUUGGAUGAACUCCUAAUCGGUGGUGAGAUUCAGGAAACGAGCAAAAAGAAUGUCCUCAAAGCCAUAGCAGCGCAGGAUCUGCUCCAAGAG